AUGGAUUUAAGAAGCCUAAAACCAGCGUUUAAUAUUGGCAACGAGAGAGUUGCUUUCAAAACAACUAAUUCUGCAAUGCUUUCAAUUCCUCUAUAUCUAGUUAUAACAGAGGACACCACAACCACCGGGAUGGGUACAACGCCAAACAGGACUGCCCCAAGUAGUUCGAUGAAACCCACCGAUGGAGACACAGUUACGCUUCCAUUUAAUUGA